AUCGGGCCCAGUAGCCUUCAAUCGCUCUCGUGAAGACAUCUCAGAAGUUGCAUCCCAAGCUGCGCACCGCGGCCACCGCUCCUCGAGGCCCUCCAGGGAUGGCGAGCCCCAUGGGCGGCUGGCUUCUGGCCGUCGGCGAGCAGCCCCAGAGAUCACGGCGGGCGCUCGCGUGGGUGGAGGCAGCCAGCGCGCCGCCCGCACCGCAGCAGCCCUCGACUCCCAGGGUGGCUCGCGGGCGCCCCGGCGCGGGCAGGUCGCUCCAGUGUUCCGCUCCGGGCCAUGCAGGUGCCGGGCUCUGGUGUUCUUAGCCCAGGCAGGAUCGAGGAGGCACAAACAUUCGGAGGCCCCCAGACGGUGUGGUGACCACACCGUGUGGUGAGUCGGUGGGGAUUCGGGGUCAUUGCACGGUUUUGUUACUCGAGUCCCUCUCCGAGGAUGUCUUGGGCGACAGGGGCCUCCAGGGUCCCAAGACCGUGCAGUGACUGUCCCUGCGGUGAGGUCUCUUGGGGUUCCGAGGUCACCGCACGGUCUAUCACCACACGGUUUUGGGAUCCCCAGCACAUGGGUCAAGGCGCACGGAUUGGCGACGGCUCCCGUUUCCAUACCAAAUUGGCCCGCUCCGUCGCCAGAUCAGGCGGCAUUUUCGACAUGUUUCUGGGGUUGUGAUGGUUCUACGUUUCCCGAUCCGUGUCGGUGUGUGCCCAGCAGGAUCCGCAGGCCUUUUGGGCAUCGUUCUCCCAGUGACGUUCCCGGCGGCCUCCCCGACAUGAAGACGCUCGUCGCGGGGAUUUCCACCAAGCCUCGCCUGGACAGCCGCGAGCUCGGUCGGUACGUGGUGGAGGCGCUCACGGCGCCCGAGCUGCUCGGCAUGGAGACGCCUCCCCGAUGCGUUCCAAGGGCGCGCUCCGCGGCAGGCGGCCUGGCCUCGGCGAGCGCGAGAGGGCCCAGUGCUGCGCGGGCCCUGGACCGGCUCUGCAGCGAGCCCAGCCCAGCCCACGCGCCCGCGAGAGAAGGUGCUCGCGCAGGCCCGCCCAGGCUACGCCGGGAGAGAACGCCUGUCGGCGAGGAGGGGCGGGCGCCCGCGCCAGGGCAGCGCGGCGAGUGGCCAGGCGGAUGCCGCCCGCUGCCGCGGGCCGCGCCGGCAGGCGGCGACGCAGAAGGCCCGAGGUGUGCCCGAGGAUUUUCCCCAAUCAGUUCGGGCAUAGCCAGGGCCCCAGGUAAUAGGACCCGAUUAGUGGUAUAGGGCCCUGGAGCCCUUGAGUUGGCCAGAAUCACCAAGCCAGGUCUGACGGCAGCUCCGGUUAGUGGAACGGGGCGGGUGGGCGUCCCCCAGUACACAUCACUAAACCAGCAGAAGUUUUCGGCGCUCACGUCCCUCCUCCGCCUUUUCAUCGCGCGCUUGCAAUGCCGUGCGCGCCUGUCCCCUUUCUGUCCUCCCUGCGCGCCUGUCCUCUUUCUGCCCUCCCUGCCUCUUCUCUUUGCUUGGCGCUGGCGUUCCCUUCUAGCCACCAGGCCAGGCAUUUUCACUGGGAAGUGUUGAGUCGACGCGGGCGCCGGCUUCGGGCUCGAGCGGUGGAGACAUGCUCAAGAGGAGCUCUGUGCCCAGCGGUUGUGGUUUCUAUAUUGUGAAGGAG